CAUACUUAAAAUGUGUUAUAUACCACUUCAUGAGUCAGUUCAAUAGUAGAGAUCUGGAAAAUGUAAAGCAGUUGACGAGUGAGUCUAUGUUUAGUAUUGUCUUAGUUACUGGCGCCUUUAAGAGGAGAGUGAGCGGAGCUCAGCAACAUGAGGCGGGCACAAGAAAGUCUAAUGUGUCUUUCCAAAUAGAAACUUAAGUAGUAGAGCCACUGUGUCAGGGAACACAAACACUUCCCUAUUGACUCUUUCCCUAUUGGUGUUAUGCCACAUAGAUGUGUCAACAGAUAUGGCUACUGCUGGCAGUGUGCUCACUGAAGAGCAGCUUCUUUGCCCCAUCUGUCUGGAUUUGUUGAACCAACCAGUCUCCACUCCUUGUGGGCACAACUUCUGCAAGGACUGCAUACAAGGAUACUGGCAGUGCACUAAUCUGUCACAAUGCCCCAUGUGCAAGCAAAAGUUCUGCAGGAGGCCAGAGCUGAAAGUUAACACCUUCAUAUCGGAGGUGGCUUCUCGGUUCAAGAAGUCAUUUAUAAAGAAAGAUGAAAAUGAAGCCAGUACCGUGGCCCAAUAUUCAGGCCAUAAAGAUGUUGUUUUGUGUGAUGUGUGUGUUGGAAAAGGAGUCGAGGCUCUUAAAUCGUGCCUGGACUGUUUGGCCUCCUUCUGUGGGACUCACCUGGAGCCCCAUCAUGUUCUAGGCACCUUCAAGAACCACCACUUGAUUAACCCCAUGAUGAGCAUGCAAGACAGAGUGUGUAAGAAACACGAAAAACUCCUGCACCUGUUUUGUAAAACUGACCAGACGUAUGUGUGCCAGAUCUGCAUUAAGAGAGACCACAAUGGUCAUCACAUUGUACCUAUAGAGGAUGAGAGCAGAGACAGGAAAGCUCAAAUUGGAAGGAUAAAUGCAGAGGUGGAAGAAAUGAUCCACGCUCGACUUGAGAAAAUCAGCAAAAUCAAUCAAACCAUUGAGCUCAGCAGAGCAAACACAGAAAGAGAGAUUGAGGAGAGUUUGCAAGUCUUCAGCAGUCUGCUCCACUUUGUCCAGAGAGGUCAAGCUGAGGUGGUGGAGCUGAUUGGUGCAAAGCAGAAGCAAGUUGAAGGCAGGGCCAGGGGACUUAUCAUGGGGCUGGAGCAGGAGAUCGAUGAACUAAGACGGAGAAACGCUGAGCUGGAGCAGCUCUCCCACACCAAAGACAACCUCUACCUUAUCUGGAGCUUUUCAGCUCUAUCCACACUGCCAGCAACCAAGGACUGGUCUGACACCUGCGUAGAGAGUCUUGUGUAUGUGGGCACGGUGAGGAGAGCAGUCAGGAGAGUAGCGUGUCAGCUGGAGGAGAUAGUAAAGGCUGAGGUGAAGAGGUUAUGUAAGACUGAAUUUCAGAGGGCUCAGCAGUGUGCUGUGGAUGUGACUCUGGACCCUCAUACAGCUCAUCCCAAAUUGAUGCUGUCUGAAAACAAUAAACAGGUCCAUCAUGGUGAUGUUGCACUGAACCUCCCCGACAACCCAGAGAGAUUUUAUCCAGGUGUCAGUGUUUUGGGAAAGGAGGGUUUCUCCUCUGGAAGGUUGUAUUUUGAGGUUCAGGUGAUAGGCAAGACAGAGUGGGAUGUUGGAGUUGGGCUUCAAUCUGUCAACAGAAAAGGAGGCAAUACACUAAACCCUGAAACAGGCUUCUGGGCCCUGGGGAUGAGAAAGGACCAAAGCUACUGGGCCCUCAGCAGCAGUCCUACCCGUGUGCCGCUGGUUAAAAAGCCCCAGAGACUCGGGGUGUAUGUAGAUAUGGAGUGGGGGCAGGUUUCUUUUUACGACGUGGACUCUGCUUCACAUAUCUACUCAUUCACUGGAUACUCAUUCAAUGAAAGACUUUUCCCCUACUUGAACCCUCGACGUAAUCACGGCGGAGUCAACUCUGCUCCUCUGAUCAUCUUGCCUGUCAACGCUUAAAAUCUGGCUUUUUAUCCCUUCCUGUUGCCCGCAUGCUUUCAACUACUUAUUAUCAUUUUGUCAUUUUCAAAUAAAAUGUUAGCACAGGUCCAGCGUGAUGUUUGUGGCUCUGUUUGCUUUAAUAAAGAUUGUUUACUUAUUUGAA